CGCGAGGCGGUGACGCACCGGCCGACGGAGGAGCGGCUACUUCCUGGAGUCGCCAGCCGAGGCCGCUAGUUAUCCCCAAGACAGCACGAAAGGGUGGGCGCCAGGGGCUGACCUCGCCACUAUGUCCCACCAGACUGGCAUCCAAGCAAGUGAUGAAGUCAAAGGUAUCUUUGCCAAAGCAAGAAACGGGAAAUACAGACUUCUAAAGAUUUCAAUUGAGGAUGAACAACUUGUAGUUGGAUCUUCUAGUCAGCCUGCAGAGACUUGGGAUAAAGAUUAUGAUACUUUCAUUCUACCACUAUUAGAAGAGAAGCAACCAUGCUACAUAUUGUACAGGUUAGAUUCUCAGAAUGCACAAGGAUAUGAGUGGAUCUUCAUUGCAUGGUCACCAGACUAUUCUCACGUUCGUCAAAAAAUGUUGUAUGCAGCAACCAGAGCAACUCUGAAAAAGGAGUUUGGAGGUGGUCAUAUUAAAGAUGAAAUAUUUGGGACAGUGAAGGAAGAUGUUUCAUUGAAUGGAUAUAGAAAAUAUUUGAUAUCUCAGUCCUCCCCAGCUCCACUGACUGCAGCUGAGGAAGAAUUACGGCAAAUUAAAAUUAAUGAGGUCCAAACUGAUGUUGGUGUGGACACUAAGCAUCAAACACUACAAGGAGUAGCAUUCCCUAUUGCUGGAGAAGCUCUUCAAGCUUUGGAAAAAUUGAAUAAUAGACAGCUCAACUAUGUACAGUUGGAAAUAGAUAUAAAAAAUGAAGUUAUUAUUUUGGCCAACACAACAAAUACAGAGCUAAAAGACUUGCCAAAAAGGAUUCCAAAGGACUCGGCACGUUAUCAUUUCUUUCUGUAUAAACAUUCCCAUGAAGGAGACUAUUUGGAGUCUAUAGUUUUUAUUUACUCAAUGCCUGGGUACACAUGCAGCAUAAAGGAACGGAUGCUUUAUUCUAGCUGCAAAAGUACUCUGCUAGAAAUUGUAGAAAGAAAACUACAGAUGGAUAUAAUUAGAAAGAUUGAAAUAGAUAAUGGAGAUGAAUUAACUGCAGACUUCCUUUAUGAAGAAGUACAUCCAAAACAACAUGCCCAUAAGCAGAGUUUUGCUAAACCAAAAGGUCCUGCAGGAAAAAGAGGAAUUAGAAGACUAAUUAGGGGUCCAGCUGAAACUGAAGCUACUACUGAGUGAAAUACAUUCCUGGUAAUACUAAGUAUUACAAGACCAGCUUUUUAAAAAUCCAGUUUUUAGUACCAGAGAACUGAAAUCAUUGCAUACUAAUGUGAAAUGUUCAGAAAAAAAUUAUUAAAAAAAUAACAGUACCUCUUACUUGUUAAUUUUCAGCAAGACAAACUAAAAGAAUUAUUUCUAUUCUUUUCAACCUAAAUCUAAAAAACAUGGUAGCAUUUCAGUUUUAGAACAUUGAAUUUCCAAUCAGCACUUAAUUAGCAUCACCCAAUUUAGUCUUUCCAUUUUCUAUAAUGCUUGAAAUUUCAUACAAGUAGGUUAAAUCUGUGUAUUCUUAUUAGUGACAUAUAAAGAAAAUCAACUUCCAACCUCUCCUAACAUUCCCUCCAAAAUAGCCUAUACUCCCUUCUCCCACCCCAAUUUGAACAUCCAUAUGAGUCAUUUUUUAAAAACAAAAACAAAGAAGACAGAGAAGAUGUCUAUUAAUGAAUUUGUUAAGUAAAAAGUUAUUUACUCUUUUGGAAACAUUGGUUUGUGCCUGAUAGGUAGAAAUAUAUCCACUUUGGGGAAUAAUAUUAGCUCUUAUAGAAAUCUAGGAUACAUUCAUGAUCCUUUGAAAUUUGUAACAGUUUACAUUUCUACUUGACUUGUACUUUGUUAAUACUAUUCUUGCACCAGAUUGAUUGACUGAAAAAUUUAAAUCAUUUAGUAAAUUUCAGCAGUGAAUGAUUUCUCCUUAUGUUUUGAAAUGUUAAGUUUAAACCAUUUUGGUACAUUAAAAAAAAUUUUUUUCCCCCAAGCUGAUCAAGUUAUUCUAUGCUACAGGAAGGAGCCAAAUGAUUAAAAUCCAUAUUGAAUUUAAAGUUAAUGUGAUUAAAUCAAAGAAGAUAGCAAAUUUUAAGCCCAAACUUUGGGGAAAAAAACACUAAUACUGAGUUUAUCUAUAGAAAAGCUUUAAAUUUAACAUAGUAUUUGAUUAUUUUAAAAUUAUUGAACAAAUUGUUUUCUAAUUUAUUAUCUACAGUACUUGCACACUCCAAUAUGUCAGCUUUUUAAAAGUUUGAUUUGAGCAUAUUUGCUUGGUCCUCUAUCUUGUUUAAAACAGACACACAAUUAUCAGCUAAUGAUUUUGCAGUUUAUUUCCAACUCUAGAACUUUGGAGCUUAAUUUGAAAGGAAUUAGAACAUUGUUUUGAAUUUGAUAUGUUUAAAAAAUUGCUGCAAGAGCCAUAAUUUUCAGUUGGAUUCAGUUAUUUUCUAACUGAAGUGAGCCAGGAUUUUCAAUCAGUAGGCAUACACAUUUCAUAUAUAAUGCAAAGCAUUCCAUUUCUAGGGAUCUAAAUUUUAUUGCACAUAGUUAAACCCUUUUUUGCACACAUUUUUUUCAGCAGUGAGACCCAGUAGAGAAAGGUGUCUUAGAGACAAUUUAUAGGCUGGCCAGUUGAGUACUUAAAAACUAAAAGGGCAGUCUGUGGAGUUUUGUUUGUUUACAGGUAAUAGUUCAGUUUAUAAUACUUAAAUAUGCUAAAUAAUUUACAUUCAUGCUACACUGGUUUAUACACAGUAAAGAUGAAUUUUAAAUUUGAUUUGCAAAUUUAAAAAUGUCAUUAAUAAGACUUCCACUGAAUUAAAAAAAAUAAAUUCCACUUACCCUACAUGAAAGUAAAUGAAUAUUCUUGAAUAUGAUAUAAAUUUGUCUUAAGGUAAUUUUUUCUAGUUGUCAUUGUUGAAAAUUUUUAAAUGCAUAUAUCCUAGAGCAUAAUGAUGGCUUCUAGUAUGUUUAAGGUAGAAGUUUACCAAAAAUACAAAUUUUUUAAAAAAAACUAAUGAAUUUAUACAGCAGCAGAGAAUUAUAUUCCUCUUGUGAAAUUUUUAUAAGUACUUUUUAUAUCAAUAAAAACGUUUCCUCUCUCAUAUAUUUUUAA